AUGCGAGUGGUAUAUGACGACCGCGCACGGUGGGCGGAAUAUGUGUCGCCCCUGGUGUUCUCCGUGGGUUCGUGGACGACAUCAAGAGUUGAAGGCCAAAACGCCCUCAUCAAGGAUAAGUGCAACUCGCGCUCCUCGCUUUUGGACGUGGCGAAGUACUUUUCGGGCAUCAUCUGUUCCCAGAAGGAUGCCGCCAUGCUGCGAGACGCCAUCGACCAUCUGCCGCCUAAUCGGAUGGUGGCUCCACCAGCGACCGCUUUCAAAAGUGUGCUCGAGUCCUGCGAGUUCUCCAUCGCGAGCUGGCCGCGGCGGUUCAUGGAGCAAGAGAUGACCGCGGCCAUCAUGUUUUGCCACAUGGGUGGUGGGGAGGUGGAUAGACCAGAACGCGCGGCAGCUUUGGGGCGCACGUUCGAGUACAUCGAGGACAAGCUUUGCGACGUCAUCUACGUCUUCGGCAUUCACGAGCA